AUGAGACAGUGGAAAACGGUCUGGAGAGUCGUUGGCAGACGUUGCAACAGCAACGGGGCGUCAGGUACGCUGGGAUCGGGUAAAACGGGACGCGCUCAAGACGAGGGACAUUCUUGGGCGAUCGUGAAAACCAUGUUCAACCGGGAGUCAACUACAAUUACGUACAAGGCACAAGCACCAGAUCAAACGAAAAUCGGCGCAGACGCCAUAAAAGUCCCGCCACCAAUAACCGUCUCGUUCAGCAACGUGUUUUUGCGAGAUGCCUCGCAAAGUUCUAAAUCCGUGGACCCCUUUUCCGGCCAAAAACUGUUCAGAACAGGCCAGUUGUUGGCCAAUCCGUCUGCUACCAUACCUCAGAAUGUCGAAGUUUCGUCCGACAAACAGGCGCUGCGGAUCGACUGGGGCGACGGAGACUCCUACAGCUAUCCACUGACGUUUUUGGACCAGUCUUCAGGCCAUCCCACAGACGAACUGGCCUCCAUUCCAAGGCCUUUCCAACAACGAAAAUCGGUCAGUCCCGCGCUUUGGGAUCGUGAUAUGCUCAAGCAGAACAUCGGGAACCUUUUGUCGGUGAAUUACGACGCAUACGCGAGCCCCACCAAUUCAGCCGGUCUGCAUCAAACCCUGGUCAAUCUCCGCAAGUUCGGAAUCUCGUUUAUUGCCGAUCUGCCUCAGGAACAACCAGAAGGACUGCUUAAACAGGUAGCAGAACACAUAGGUCCCAUCAGAAAUACGUUCUACGGCGAAACUUUCGACGUGAGAAACAAAGCCGGCGCUGAAAACAUAGCAUACACUAACCGACCAUUGACUUUGCAUCAGGACCUCUUGUAUCUGGACAAUGCCCCAGGUUGGCAAAUUCUCCAUGCCAUCCAAAACUCGUCCGACGGGAGCGAAGCCGGCAUGAAUUAUUUUGCCGAUGCUUUCAACGCUGCUCGUUUUGUUCGCGACACAGACGCUGACGCCUACGAGGCACUCACGCAAGUUCCCAUCAACUACCAUUACGAGCGCAAUAAUAACCGUUACUACAACUCGAGACCUCUCAUUGUGGAAAACGAAAUAAAUGUGGACAAUCUGGUAUCGUCCAACUACGUUUCACUUAUAAAGGAGGUAAACUACUCCCCCAUGUUCCAGGCUCCGUUUACAUUUGGGAUUUGGGAAAAACCUAAGGGUCAAGACCUCUCCACAGCUAGCGGAAAGCUAACGCAACGACUACUAUUCAAGGACUUUUUACGCGGGCUGGCACUAUUUGAAAAGUUCAUCAAUUUGCCUGAAAACCAAUUCAGGCUCAAGCUGCCGGAGAAUGCUUGUGUGAUAUUCAAUAACAGACGUUUGUUACAUGCCCGAACUGCAUUUUCCGGUGAAAGGUGGCUACGUGGAUGCUAUUUGGAUGAUGAUGCUGUUAAAAGCAAAUUGCAAUAUUUAGAAGAAAGACAAGGCUAA